AAUGUUGGAUCCGCACUCAUUCCUAGUUUGUGCAUAACACUGCUGCCAAAACAUGCGAAGCUAAUAAGCUCCCAAAAAUAAAAAGAUUGAGAAAAAGAAAAAGAGAAGUCGUAGAGAACUAUGAACUCAAAGAACGGUCCCACUCCGCACCAUUCCAAAGGUUUUAAUAAUUCUAUAUAUUAUAUCAACUUUUCUUGUAGAUCCUUCUCUUUAUAAAAACCCUUUUGUCACCUCUUCUUUCCUCCUCAUAAUAUCACAUCAUAGCCUUAAGUAAAGAAAACCCUUAUUUGCUCCCGAUUACUUACUUGUUCAUCACCUAGCCAAAGCUCCAUGUCCUAGUCAUUCCCCAGAUUCCCUCUCCUACAACUUAGUUCCUUUCAAAGUCUAUAUUACACACCCGUGCUAGUUGUUCUUUCUGUUUGCUUGUGCGUGUGUUUGUUUACAUAUACGUGUGAAAUUCAUCAUUUGUUGUAAAAGUGGAUCGGAGGUAUGGAAAGGGACCGGUUCCACCGGAAACAUCGGCGGCGGCGGAUGAUAAUCCGUCCUGGAACGAGACUGAUGUCACCGCCAUGGUCUCCGCUCUAAGCCGUGCCAUCGAGAACCCGACAGACCCGCUGGUCAAACAAGAGCUUGAUAAAUCGGAUCAACUUCAACAAGACCAAGAUCAACCAAGAAGAAGACACUAUAGAGGCGUAAGGCAGCGACCAUGGGGUAAAUGGGCUGCCGAAAUCCGCGAUCCAAAGAAAGCAGCCCGUGUCUGGCUUGGGACUUUCGAGACAGCAGAGGAAGCUGCUUUAGCCUACGAUCGAGCCGCCCUCAAAUUCAAAGGCACCAAAGCUAAACUAAACUUCCCUGAACGAGUACAAGGCCCUAGCACCACAACCAUUACUCAUGCCCCAAGAGGAGGUAGUGAAUCAAUGAACUCACCUCCUCCUCAGCCUGCUGAUCCAUCUUCUACUACUACUUCGUGGCCAGUGACUUAUAACCAAGACAUACUUCAGUACGCUCAAUUGCUCACGAGUAACAAUGAAGUUGAUUUAUCGUACUACACGUCGAGUCUCUUUAGUCAGCCCUUCUCAACGCCUUCUUCAUCUUCUUCUUCUUCACAACAGACGCAGCAACAACAACAACAACAACAGCAGCAGCAGCAGCGGGAAGAAGAAGAGAGGAGCUAUGGUUACCAUUAUUAUAACUAUCCAAGAGAAUAAUCUAAUUUUAUACAUAUUCGGUCGAAUCAAUAUUAUAAGUCGCUACCAUAUAUAUCUUCGUUUCAUUUAUUUUUUCGCAACCUUUGUUGCACCGAAAAUAUAAAUGAACGAGAGGCAUGUGUAACAUUUUGUUUUUGUUUCGUUAUUUUUAGUAAAAUUUGGAUUUGCUGAAGUUUAA